AUGACGGCUAGCCAAAAUGUCUGGGCAAAUGUGUUCGUUGAGCGAAUCUAUCAGGUGAAUGUCCGUUUUGAUUAUACUCGAGUUUUUCUUGUUCGAUCCCUCCCUAACUGUGUAAUCGUUUUACUUGAGACGAUCUUGAGCCAGGUGUUGAGUCGAAAGGAAUGCUUUAUUUUAAAAUGCAGAUGCAUUCCCUGGAUUCCAGCUAGAUGGGCAGUCGCCGCCAUGACCGUUUAUCGCUUUUGCAUUAUGUGCUUCAUUUUCUUUAAUGGUCCCGUAAAAGCAGCCCAAAUUCCAGUGCAUCAAGCAACCACCGCAGCUGUCUUGGAGAGCCACUGCGGGGAUGUGAACCAGGUGUUACUUCUGGGUUAG